AUGGGAGCUUCAACGCCUGAAGGUCUGGGCAGAAUAGAAGGAAUUGGAAAGGGGGAUCUUCGCCUGAAAGCUCUGGGCAGAAUAGAGAGAGAAAUGGUUUUUGAGGUGAGUAAAAUAACAAAAAUGGGAAAUGAAAUGGGUCCUCCAUGGUUGAAGCCAAUGCUGAAAACUGAUUAUUUCUUUCCCUGCCCGUUUCAUUCGGAUUCAAAUAAAAGUGAAUGCAAUAUGUAUUGCUUGGAUUGCAUGGGAAAUGCAUUCUGUUCUUACUGUUUGAUCCAUCACCAGGGCCAUCGCCUUGUUCAGAUAAGGAGAUCUUCAUAUCAUAAUGUGGUAAGGAUUAACGAAAUUCAGAAGUACAUAGACAUUUCUUGCAUACAGCCAUACGUUAUAAAUGGUGCGAAGAUCGUGUUCUUGAAUGAGCGACCGCAGCCGAAGCCCGGAAAGGGAGUUACAUACACUUGUGAAAUCUGUGCACGUAGCCUUCCGGACUCCUUCCGGUUCUGUUCCCUUGGUUGCAAGUUGAAUGGCAUUAAGAGAGGCGAUCCGGAGCUCACAUUUUCACACGAGAGAGGAGCAUGUGAUGAGAUGGAUUCAGAUGAUGAGCCAUCAACUCCAAAGAAGAUUGCAUUUUCAUCAGGUUCCGUUAGUUCGGGAGACGAGAAUGUCAACUGUAUGUCUCCCGAUACACCUCCUUUAUUCAAUCGUCAUAGAAGAAAAGGCAUUCCUCAUCGUGCCCCUUUCUAA